UUGAAAUUUGAGUCAAUUUGAUUGAAGAAACAAAAUCAAGCACAAAAAUGGCAAGCCACCAAAAUCAGGAUUUGAGUCACAACGCAGGCGAGUUGACUGGUCAAGCUCAGGUAAAAAAAGACGAGUUUCUAAACCAGGCAUCAAAUGCAUCUCAGUCUAUCCAGAACAAGGCAUCAAAUGCAUCUCAAUCUACCCAGAACAAGGCAUCAAAUGCAUCUCACACUGCCCAAGACAUCAAGGACCAAGCCACCCAUCUCCUUCAACAGACAAGUGAGCAAGUGAAAAACAUGGCUCAAGGAGCAGCUGAAGCGGUUAAGAGCACUUUGGGAAUGAACAAUCCAAACGACCCAAACAGUAACCCAAGCAACGCAAACAUGAACCCAAGCAUCAACCCAAUCAACCCAAUCAACCCAAGCAACCCAAGCAUUAACACAAACAACCCAAGGAUUUGAAAUGCUUUCUUCAAUAAUGCUAGCUUUGCCUUCACUCGCAUCAAAAGUUUCGAUGAUGUGGUGUCAUGGCAAUUAACCCUCCGCUGUUGAAAUGGCUAUGUACAUCAUCAGGCACCACCCAAUCUGUUUGAUCCCCAACUGGCCAUAUAGGUUAUGCAUAUGCAAUUACCAAUGAGUUUGUAGUAUAAUAUUUUGAACACAUUGGGUAGCAUGAAAUUUGUCGAUGCCUACAGGCAGCACAAGCAUGUGCACAUGGUAGUUGGUCAAGAUCAAAUUCUUGGCAUGUGCAACACUUCCCCUCUAAAUUUACAACCUCAACACAACUUCCAUCGUAUAUAUGAAAUGACUAUGCCUCAAUCGGAGAAACCUGUAUAUUUAAAAAAAAAAAAUACAUUAUAAAUACUCCCCAACCAUU